ACCCUCAGUUUGGCUCCGACCGCUGUGAGGGGAGGCCGCGUCGCGCGUUCUCGUAAAUCUCGUACAAACUUUCGUGAAAAACGUUCUAAAUACUUUUUACUGUGUUUUUUUGCAAGUGUACAAUUGUUUUUUAUAGUGUGAAUACUGUUACUGUGAGUGUUAAUAAAAAGCCAGUGGUAUCGGAUUUGUUGUUGUGCAUUUGGAAUGUUGCAAAGAUCUCAGGUAGUGUUCAGCCAGAAGUGAGCGGAUUUUUUACGAUCUAUGUGAAGUGAAAACGAGUGAAGUGGUCAAUUUUGUGGUGGAAUAUGUGCUAGUGAAAGAUGUCGCCACGGUGGCGCUGCGGGCGGGUCACGUGACAUUUAAAAAACAAAAUGGCGGACACUAGUCCCGCCACCUCGAUAAUAGAGGGCACUGUCAAGUUCCGGGAUGGAAAAAAGUGGAAAUCAAGAUGGUGUGUUAUGCGCAAGCUGUCUCCUGUAGCAGAUUGCGUCCAUAUCCAACUGUACAAAGACCUGAAAGAACGGCAGAAGAACGGGCAGACCAAGGCCUCGCUCUCUCUGCAGCAGUACCUCGGCUUCGAGUCCGGGUUCACGCUGGACAAGGAGUCCAACACCCUUGCCAUCCUGUGCGAGGACGUGGUGCCUGUGCUGGCCUUUGACACCAGGGAGAUCCUGAUUCAAUGGAGGGUGAAGGUGCAGCACAACCUAGGCAGUAGCAAGGAGUUCGCGGCCGUCAUCAUCUCUUCGCCCAGCACCAACAGCGUGAAGCAGGGGCCUGUGAGACUUCAUGCGUGCGGCCCGCGGCUGGCGCUGUGCGCUCAUCGCCCGCCUGAGGUGCUGGCGCUGUGGGACGUCAAGCUGCUGAGACGCUACGGCGUGGUCGACAAACGCUUCUGCGUGGAGGGGGGAUCGCGCUGCGGCAAGGGGGAGGGGCUGUUCGUGUUCGCGGCGGAGGGGGGGAGGGAGCUGACGGACCUCCUCAACGCGUAUAGCCACGACGCGCAGUCCAGGCUGAGCAUCGCUUCUAGGAGUGGUUCUGUCCUAGAGAAGCGCUUCUCCGACACCAGCUCCUGCAUGGACGACUGCUUCCACCCGUCGCUGCGGUCUGUGUCUCCGUCCUGGGCGGCGCCGGCCAGCCAGACCAUGCACUGCCUGUCCGACCUCGACACCAGCCUGGACAGCGAAGACAAGUUCCGACGGCCCACGUCGCUGCCAAGGUGCUCCAGUUGCAUUGGCAAGAUCAGUCACUUGACUAGGUCCUCCACGAUGGGCACACCAGGUUCAAUCAUGUCCCCAGUGUGGACCAUGGAGAACAUUAUGGAGAAGCGUUCGGACUCCGACCGCGCGUCCAUCUACUCCAGAUCAAGCGGGUCUGCCUCCGAGUACAGUGUACCGCGGAGUGCAUGCCUCCUCGACAAGAGCUUCGAAUCGAAACGCGGCAGCCCAGUGGCCUGCUGCACGCCAACUGUACCAGCCAAGACCGGCAACGGCUGCCAGUGCUGGCAGCAGCCGAAGCCUUGCUGCUGUAGGAAGAAGUCCUUCAGUGGACCCUACGAGAAUUAUGACGUGCCAAAGACGCCGAUGCCUUUAAUACAAGAGCACCCAAUAGAUGGCAACUCAGACCCAUCAAACUUAUACGACACACCAAAGAAACUUAAAUGUCUCAUCAACGGCCAGUCCUGCACCUGCGUUCAGAACCAAACCGAUGCCAAAAAGGAAACUGACCAGCCUAUGGACAACAACAACCAAUGUGAUACUAGUGUUAAUAAUAAUGAAGUAUCCACGGCAGAGGCACUGUCCAAUUACGUUAACGUAACCCCAGUUACCAAAAAACCUGAUAUAAGAAUCGAGUAUAAUAACUACGCGAACCUAGACCUUACAGCCACUUUAGAGAAGUUCGAAAGUUCCUUGCAGAUCCUUCGAAGCGCUGGGUUCAGUCAAGAGGACUUGGAUGCGUUAGAAGACAUCCCUGAACAUGACGAUGACAUUUCCACGGCUACAACGAACACUGUGCACCCUUCAACAGACUGUUGCAACGAUCACCUAAAUUAUAUGCACAUGGAGCCUCUUGAAAUCAGUAUUUCAAGUAAUAGCAACAAAAACUGUUCAGAUAAUAUUAGCAGGAUCAGCCACGUGUCGGAUCCUACUCAGCACUCGGAUACAGUCAGUACCAUCAGUACCAGGAGAUCUAGUUCCGCCGAUUUCACUAAGAGACACGAUGAUGACUACCUGAACAAUCAGAUUUGUUUUACGCCUACUGUGCUUAGAAAAGCGACGAAGAAUGAGAGGAUAAACGAAGGUAUCCCUGUAGGGAACAAAUCAGAAUUUGAAGACAAGAACAAAACCUUCAAAGUUCCCGAAUUGAAAAGCGAGAACGUAUUUGUGGCUCGGUUCAGAGAUGCAGUCAAGAUCCGACGUUCGUCAAGUGUUCCCAGUAAAUCCGAUAAAAAUAGGGAUUCUUCCAGUUCAAACGAUUCUGGAGUUUCGACGGGAUCUUUGAAGCAUCACAAGGGAGACUUCAAGGAGUUCGAAAUGCCCGUGACUAAUUCCAAAUCCAUGAAGAAACAUAUCAAGUGCAACAAGCAAAAUAUGAGGAAAUCUUUGACGCCAGUGCAUUCGGCCUUUGUGAAGUCGAAUUCGUCAGACCCUCUGAAGAAUCUGACGUUUCAUUUCGAAGAAGUCUCGGCGCUGACGAAGUCAAAUUCGUGUGACGUCGAUACUCUUACAAUGCGGAAGAGGAAAACUAUAGACCCUGACAUCACAGCGCGUCUCAGCCAGCUGACCAACAAGAGCACCUCCAGUGGCGCCUCAGACACCUCCGACUACAUGGAGUCUCUCUCGGUGUCUUCCUUCAGCUCCUGUGACGUGUCAGCAGACCGGCACUUGACGCGGCCUCGCUCUGGGAAAGAAUACGCCAGUAUAGACAGAGCUGCGUUGGCUAGCGUGUGUGAUACUAAUGCUUAAAGGCAUAUAGGUCAUUUUUAACUGGCCACGAUAAAGCUGCAUUGGCUACUGUAUCACACUAAUGCUUAAAAGAAUCAUAUAGGUUAUUUCCAAUGGUUGCACGAAACUGGCCAGGUUACAUCUGAUUAGGCUAGCGUGUGUGAUACUAAUGGCUAGACUAUAAGCGUAGGUCUUUUUCCAAUGGUUUCUUCGAACUAACCAGGUCAGAGCUGUAUUAGAGCUCUAAUAAAGCUUAAAGCCAUAAAGGUAAUUUUACAAUAAUUGACCCAUCGUGGCAGGUUACAGCUGCAUUGGCUAGAGUGUGAUACUAAUGCUUAGGAGCAUACAGUUCAUUUUCCAAUUGUUGCACUAAACUAGCCAGGUCAGCUCCAUGAGCUCUAAUAAAGCUUGAAGUCAUAAAGGUCAUUUUAUUUUGCACCAAACUGGAUAGAGCUGUUUUGGCUAGCGUGUGUGAUACUCAUGCUUAGAAGCAUACUGGUCAUUUUCCAAUGGUUGCAACAAACUAGCCAGGUCAGAGCUGUAUUAGAGCUCUAAUAAAGCUUAAAAUCAUAAAGUUAAUUUUACAAUGGUUGACCCAACUUGCCAGGUUACAGCUGCAUUGGCUGGUGUGAUACUAAUGCGUAGAAGCAUAAAGGUCACUUUCCGAUAGUUGCACGAAACUGAUCAGUUUACAUCUGUUUUGGCUAGCGUGUGUGAUACUAAUGCUUAGAAGCAUAAAGGUCACUUUCCAAUGGUUGCAUUUAUGGUACUAACAUGAACAGAUCAGAACUGUUGGCUAGUUAGCGUAUUACAUCAAUUAAAGUUAUGAAGGUUACUUUCCAAUGGUGGCAUUUAUGGAUCACAGCUGGUUAAUGUGUAAAACCAAUGCUUAAAGGGAUAUAGGUAAUUUUCCAAUGGUUUCACCAAUCUAGCCAGGUUUAAAGUUGCAAUAAGAGCUCUAACUAAGCUUAAAGUUUGCAAUGGUUGCAUUUAUGUCACCAACAUAAUUCAGAGUCAAAACUUAAAACAGACGUUAUACACCGCUUUUAAAUUUGGUUUUUGGAAGCAACUUAAUUUGAAAA